CGCUUCAGACAGACGAGCAUCUCAGAUAUAAGACGGAAGGAAACAUGAAAUCUCUGAGUACUAUUUGAAAUUAGAUGCAGUUUAUUUGAAGUCUUUUGAAGUGUUUUUAUUCAAUCUCUUUAGAUAUCGAUUUUGAUCGCACACACCAACUAAGAAAAUGAGAGGAAGUCGUCCCGCAGAGUUCCCAGAAGACUUCUGGAUCCCCAUCCCUCUGGACACCAACAAUAUCACAGCCCUCAGCCCAUACCUGGUUCCUCAGGACCAUUUAGGAAGCCCGCUGAUCUUUUAUUCCAUGUCAGUGUUUAUGUUCUUCUUGUGGGUGGCCGGCACAGUGAUCAAUGUCCUCACUAUUGCAUGUACUGUCCAAUACAAGAAGCUCCGGUCUCAUCUAAACUACAUCUUGGUGAACUUGGCUGUUGCGAACCUCAUCGUCUCCUCUGUGGGCUCUUUCACCUGCUUCAUCUGCUUUGCUUUUAAAUACAUGUUCUUUGGUCCAACUGCAUGCAAGAUUGAAGGAUUUGUAGCAACUCUUGGUGGUAUGGUUAGCCUGUGGUCUCUUGCUGUGGUAGCAUUUGAAAGAUGGUUGGUUGUGUGCAAGCCACUUGGGAACUUUGCCUUCAAGUCCAGCCAUGCUUUAGCAUGCUGUGGAUUGACUUGGGUCUGCGGUCUGAGCGCUGCACUUCCACCUCUGGUUGGAUGGAGCAGGUAUAUCCCAGAGGGCAUGCAGUGUUCCUGUGGCCCAGACUGGUACACAACAGGCAACAAGUUUAACAAUGAAACCUAUGUGAUGUUCCUCUUCUGCUUCUGCUUUGCUGUCCCUUUCUCCACCAUCGUCUUCUGCUACUCACAGCUGCUGUUCAUGCUGAAAUCGGCAGUAAAGGCCCAAGCAGAGUCUGCCUCCACCCAGAAGGCAGAGAAGGAAGUGACCAGGAUGGUGGUGAUCAUGGUGCUGGGCUUUCUGGUGUGCUGGAUGCCAUAUGCCUCCUUUGCCGUCUGGGUUGUGAAUAACCGUGGGCAGCCAUUCGACCUGAGACUGGCCACCAUUCCCUCCUGUUUCUCAAAGGCCUCCACAGUCUACAACCCAGUCAUUUACAUCCUCCUCAAUAAGCAGUUCCGCUCGUGUAUAAGGAAGAUGCUGGGAAUGAGCGGAGGUGACGAUGAAGAGUCAUCAAGUCAGUCGACCACUGAAGUCUCUAAAGUUGGACCUGCGUAGGUUACUCGUGCCCAAUUUGGACAGCUCGCAUAUUGAACAUAGCACAGAAACGCUAAUAAUGUGACAAAUGUAUUUUUGCUAUUCUUACAGAUACAUAGUUUUAUGCAGUAAAAAUGUUUAAAAAAUGCAAUAAAUUUCAUUGAUGAAGCAACUAUUUGUGUCUUUAAAAGGCUCAUCACUGCACAUAAUGAUGGAUAUGAUACUAAAGCUUACUAUUUUAGCAUUAUAUUUUGUUUUAACAAUCUUGUUUUGUUUAGUCUUUUGUUUGUUUGAUUUUUUUCAGUAUAACAUUCAGGUCAUCAAAACCCAUAUUAGGUUUCAGAAAUACUUACAGUAUGAUAGAAAUAUGUGUAAAUAUGUUUGAUAAGUUGUGCUGCAGUUAUUAUAGGAAACCCAAAAUAAUAUAUUUGUUUAUCUUUUUAAUGUGUAGUGGUGUAGUGCAAGAGAAAACCAAUAAAGUGGACACAAUGUUGCUGCUUAUAUUUACAACAUUUACUGCUCCUGGAUCAGCUCAUCACAUAGAUAGGCUCAUGGGAUCAGCGGGAUAUACUUGAGGUAAAAGGAAAAUCCACAAAUGCACAUCAAUGUUAUUGAAGUGAAGGAAAUGGUUCUAGUUUCGCACUUUAGUUUAGUUUAGUCUUUCAUGGUGUACUAUUUAUGCACAAACACAAACAAACACAUGCACACACCUAGCAAGCCAGUAAAAGUUACUGAGUGAAGACAAAUACAGCAAAAACACACUCCUGUAAACAUUCACAUUGAAAUGGAAGUGGGAAAAGAAAAGAAAAAAAACUUUAACAAUGAUGCAAAACAACCUCACUCUUCUGAUUUAUUCACAGCUCAUGGAUUUGUUUCAUAGCUUCUAUUUAUAGAUGCUCAGAAAGCAGCAUUUAUCUCCGAGUCCUUGUUAAUAUUUGAAACCCUGCAUCAAUCACAGCUAAAUAUGGUAAAGAAAAUGGUUACAUUUAUUUGCAGCACAUUUGUAUGCAAUUCAAACAUAAUGCAAAAGCCACAUUACAGUUUUCAGUAAGUGCUUAAUGUUAUUGAGUCUGCUGAGCAAGCACCCACUUUGCGUGUUAAAUUGAAAUAUAAUUGUUAAUUUGCUACUGUGCUGUAAAAGGUGAGGAUCUGCAGCAUUUGACCUACAGAUAGUGUCAUAAUUAACGACCUUUCACAGCAGUCCCAAUAGAGAUUAACAGACAACCCGUUAAUCCCAUUGCAGCACAAUUGGCUUACAAUUCACCUAGAGUGUACUUGUAAGAUGGUCUUUAUUGAUUAUGAACGAAUGGGGAUGAGACACAAAAGCUCAACUUUUAUCUUUGUAAAAUAAAAAUACAAAACA